AUGGCCUCAAUCCCCGCCAACCGACCCUAUUCGUCAAGUCUGGCCCCGGAAACUGCUGCGGCGGCGGUUGUCUCAACACACCCGCCGAACCAGACAUUGUACUCAUCGGAGACAUCCUCGAAUCUGGUUGUUUCAGACUCCCCCUCCCAUUAUUCAUCCUUCUCUAGCUCCGAUAGCGACGAGCCACUCCCGCACUCGAUCGAGGUCACCGAUGAAGAUGCCGCUGGCGACGUGGUGGGGGUUAGCAUUGGGCGCGAGCAGAGCCGCAUGAAGGCCCGAGCAACCCCCGUGGAAGAGAAGAACCGCGUACUAGAACACCAGGGGUCGUAUUUUACCACGAUACCGGAUACUAUUGGCGAGGAUGGCCUAUUUGCAUCGGAAAUCACGGCCGAGCCGGAGUCGGUGGAGCCCAAGGCCGAAAAGGCACCAGCACCAGCACCAUCACCACGCGAACGGAAGUCCGGACAUAAGCCUCGGGCAUCAUACCCCUCUCCGCAGUAUAAACAGCCCGAGCCGGGCCUCGCGCAUGGCCCUCGCAGCGAUCUUUUUGCCACGGCCCCUGAAAAGGCGGGGUCGAAAGAUUCAGCCGUGAGCCAGAGGUCUGGCUUUGUCGGGACCUUAUUGAAGAACACGUUGCCUCGCCGACCACGCGCCUGGUCCGGCGAGCUGAAGAGAUUCCUUCCUGAUCUGACCUCUUUGAGGAAACGCCCGUCUCUCUCGUUCCGUGCCCCCAAUGGCCAAAACCGAAUCCGCAGCCAGACAGUAGCUCCCGCAGUUAAAAAGAACUCAGGAGUGCCAAAAAGAACCUCAUCGCUGGUCCUGCGCCCGUCGCCAUCACCUCUUGCACCAAGCAGCUCUAGCGUUGACGAUGACGGAGAAGCCGCUCGGCCGAUACCUGAGCUGCGCUCGCCAGAUGGAACCUCGGCCGCGAAGCAUUCCUUCAUACGGAGGCCUAGUUCAGCGAUGCCCGGUCGACCGCCAAGUCUACGGAGGUCCUCAUCGGAUCAAUCGCUGUAUCUGCGUGCGUCAUCCACAGCAUCGUCCCUAGAGCAGCGACCAUUAUACGAGAAUGUGCAUACUCAGGUAAACAGCCGCUUCAAGGCAAUCAAGGAUAGUCUCCAAGACUCGAGUAACAGGCUGCUCAGCAUGCCAAAUCUCCAUUUACCGGAUAUCCGCAAUGAUUGGGGCUCUCGUCAAUUCCUGCCAGAUCUUGGAAACAGUUCAUCAAAUAACAGCAACGGUGUUAACGGUACUGCCAAAAGGGAACAGCCACCGCGGGCUGCAACCCCACCGCUAACUCCGCGCAACAAUCCAAACAUAACACAUCCAGUCUUGGAAGAAGCAAUGGCAGAUCUUACGGGCGAUGUGGUGAUUCUAGGUGGCUACCGAGGAUCAAUCCUGCGGUCUGCUAAGCCACCCCAUCGCCAACUCUGGGUGCCGAUGAAAGUUGGCCUGAAUCUGCGGAAAGUAGACUUGGAGGUUGGUCUACACCCUGAGGACGAGGAACAUAUGGAGGAGACCAUCAUCCCAUCUGGGGUUCUCUCCCACGUUGGCCCCGUGGACGUCUGUCGACGAUUGAUGAAGCGCUUGCGCAAGAGCGAAAACGCCCUGCGUGGCGACAUGCGUGUCCACGAUUACGGAUAUGACUGGCGUCUAAGCCCCGAGCUACUCUCGCGCAGGCUCAUCGCCUUCCUAGAGAGCCUACCAUGCAACCAAGAGCCUUCGCCGGGUGAGCCGCGACGCGGCGCUACAGUCAUCGCACACAGCCUGGGCGGUCUGAUAACCCGACACGCGGUCAACGAGCGACCCGACCUCUUCGCCGGAGUCGUGUACGCAGGCGUACCCCAGCACUGCGUAAACAUCCUCGGACCCCUCCGCAGCGGCGACGACGUCCUCCUCAGUUCCCGCGUUCUAACAGCGCAAGUAAACUUCACCUUCCGAACGAGCUUCGCCCUCCUCCCGGAAGACGGGCACUGCUUCAUCGACAAACAAAGCAAACAAGAAUUCCGCAUCGACUUCUUUAACCCUCAAACCUGGGAAGACCACCGUCUUUCCCCUUGCACGGGCCCAGCUCUCCCCGCACCCCCAACACCAACAACCCUCGGCUUCAAGGACAUCCCUAUAAUCGGAAAGCGCUUCUCCAUGGGUCCGCGCGAGGAAUCGGACGAAUUCCUCUCCCAAGACCUACACAAUCACCCGCAUGACGGACACGCCAUCACCGGAAUAGAAAAAGAUAUCUACGCCCGCAAUAACAACACACCGCAUAACCCAGCCUCGUACGCCGCAUACGCAGCGGAAAAAGCCCAAAACCCAGCGGACGGGUUAGUCGGACCGGGCGCAUACCCGCGCAGCAGCUCCACAGCCAACAAAAUCGCCACGACGAGCACUAUCCCGCUCCCCGCGGCGAGAGAGUACCUACAGCGCACGCUGGCAGAUACCAAACGGUUCAAGGAGAAUCUGGCGUUCCGGCCGACGCACCAUUCCGAGAACAGAUACCCGCCUGCGGCUGUGCUGUACGGGAAGACGUUGCCGACUGUGUAUGGUGCGCGGGUUGUAUCGCGUGAGAGUAUCAAGCAGGUUGAUGCGUAUGAUGAUCUUGCGUUUGCUGCUGGGGAUGGUGUUUGUCUUGCUUCGGCUGCUAUGUUGCCACCUGGAUAUAGGAUUAUUAAGGAUGGAUUGGUGAAGAGUGAUCGUGGGCAUGUUGGAUUGCUUGGGGAUCUUGAGGGGGUUGGACAGUGUCUUAUGGCUAUUCAUCGGGGGAGGAAGGAGGGUGUUGGAUUGGGGGAGAAGGAAUUGUGA